CAUACAAACGAAAAGAAGGACAGGGUCGCUUUGUUUUCUUCCCGGCAAGCCGCUCUGGCACUCCACUCCACAUUUCCCAGGUGAACGACAACAUAGUAGAGUUCUGAUCCCAUAAGGAUGUUGUACAUAAUCGGUUUGGGAUUGGGUGACGAGCGAGACAUCACGCUGAAGGGCUUAGAAGCAGUGAGAAAAUGUCAGAAAGUAUACAUGGAAGCCUACACUUCCCUCCUUUCAUUUGGUCUCUCUACUGAUGGCCUUUCUAACCUGGAAAAAUUAUACGGUAAAGCCAUAACUCUAGCGGACCGAGAAAUGGUUGAAGAAAAAGCGGAUGACAUACUUUCAGACUCUCGGGAUGUUGAUGUGGCCUUUCUCGUUGUUGGAGACCCUUUUGGGGCAACAACUCACACCGAUCUAGUUGUUCGAGCUAAGAAAAUGGGAAUUGAUGUCAAGAUAGUGCACAAUGCUUCCGUGAUGAAUGCAAUUGGGAUUUGUGGACUUCAACUUUACCGCUAUGGGGAGACCGUUUCAAUACCAUUCUUUACUGAGACAUGGAGACCUGAUAGCUUCUAUGAAAAGAUUCAAAAAAAUCUAGAGAUGGGACUUCACACGCUUUGCUUAUUAGAUAUACGUGUGAAGGAGCCGUCAUUAGAAUCUUUGUGCAGCGGAAGAAAAAUCUAUGAACCACCUAGAUAUAUGACAAUAAACAUAGCCAUUGAGCAGCUCUUGGAGAUUGGGCAAGCACAUGAAGAACCUGCAUACACAGAAGAUACAGAGUGUGUUGGGUUUGCUCGGUUAGGAAGUGAAGAUCAGAUGAUAGUAGCAGGUACAAUGAGGCAGCUUCAGAGAAUUGAUUUUGGUGCACCUUUGCAUUGCCUUGUCAUAAUUGGCAAGACACAUCCGUUGGAAGAAGAAGUGCUCGAUUUUUACAGAUGUAGGACCCAGUCACAACAAGCAUAGUUGUCACAUUGGCUGAGGAAUUGAAUGCUUCGCUUAAAACUAUUAGUUCUGAAUGCAGAAAAGUGGGGCUGUUGAUAAAUGCUUUUUAUGCAUGACUACUUUUAGUUAAGACUUGCAGUUUGAUUAAAAUUCAGAUAUGCUUCUAGAGAACAUUAUGUAUGCACCCAAGGCUGCCUGAUUAUUGAGAGAGAGAAAAGCCUCUGUUGCCCCCAUCGGGUCACGUGUAAAGAAAUUAAAUGGGCUAGAGGUGGGGACAUGACUGAAAUUUGUUGAAAGAUCCUGUACGAAACGAUUCCACAUGAUUACUAAAGCUAGCGGAAAUCCGUCGUCAGUCAAGAGAUCAUGUUUCAUGUAACAAAGACACAAACGUCAAAAUGUACAAGUGCGUUUGAAAAAAAAAAAAGUCACAAGACUUUGAAAUUGUCAA